CUUCCCCCUCGACUGCCCGCCGUCAUGACGCUGUCGGCGACCGCCUGGAGGGUUUGGAAUAACGACGACGACGCUACCGCCAGUCGUCGUGAGAGACCUGGCUUGUUUCUUCCAAAUCGCAAGCUUCGACAUCUGCAGGGCAUCUCUGUCCGGAAUCUCGUCGUCAGCCCCCCGACCCGACCUCGCGGGAAAACCAUCGACGACGAAGAUGUGCCCAACUCGCUACAUACGCCGUUGAAGUCGCUCGCUGAGGAGACGGACAAACCCUUACACCAAUCGCGCUCCUUCACCGAUCUCAAGUCCUCCGCAGCCGGCGAGGGCCGUCCCGGGAGAGAGCAGCCACCCCCGUUGCGACAAUGGCACAGAAGGAACACGUUACCUUGGAAUGCCCCUGAUCCGCGCACGCGGCAAGUGAAGCUGGAGGAGAUUACAAGCAGCCGCAUGGCCGAUACCUGGUUUUCGAUCCAUUGCGACGGGGUUGAUGAGCCGGUCUACGUGAGUGAGGUGGUCGAUCAUGCCACCAAUCCUAGCUUUCGAAAUUUCGAUCUGAACAUGUGCGGCCCGUUGGUCUCUCGCAUGGAUCAGGUCACUGUGAGGGUCUGGGCUCGGACCGCCGCCAUGGAGGAGUACCUAUUACUGGUCGAGUUGCAAUUGUGUCUGCAGUCAUUACAGUUUCUGGGCAAGUCGCUCGAUAGCUUCCACCAACCUCUUCCGUCCAACUCUAUUCUGUUCCACUUCGCAGAUGGCGUUUAUACGAAUUUGACCGAUAUCCCCCCGGUUGUGACUCCUUUGCCCGCUCGACACCCCCGAUCGGCCGAUGGGGCUACGGUCCCGACCUCGUCAUACGAUGCGCUGAUGCGAUUGGCCAACUUGGAUGAGUGCAUUCAGGAUGCGCUCACGACCCGAGACAAGCUGGAGUCGCAGAUUAGCUCGAUAUUGGAACAGAACCAGCAUGCUCUGGCCACGACCAGUGAUGCUUCCCGGGCCCGCGAUAAGCUUGCGCUCACCAAGCAUGCGGUUACGACGGAGCGGAAGCAGCUUCGCGCUGCAGCCAAGCGGAAAGAAGAAAUGAUCGUUAGUAUCCGAGCGAGACGAGAAGCCAUGGAGCGUGGGCGCCAGACGCAAGCCAAGGCGCGCAGUCACCUACCCGAUGCGCAGGUAAAAUUGGGCUCGAGUGUGAAGUUGCUGGAGCAGAACACGGACGAAGGCAAGGGUCAGAUCCGACGGAUUGCGGAGGACCUCCUUGCGAUCUACCCCAUUGAGCCGAUUCCUGACAAGCCACUGGCUUUCACCAUCGCCGGACUGGCCUUGCCCAACUCGAACUUUACCGAUGUCGACCGCGAAGCCGUUGCAGCAGCGCUGGGAUUUACCGCGCAUCUGGUGUACCUGCUGUCCUUCUACCUUUCCAUCCCCCUGCCGUAUCCCAUCAAUCCUUAUCUAUCGAACACGCUGAUCCAGGACCCGGUGUCUGCCUCGCUGCCGCAGCGGACGUACCCGCUCUACCCGGUGAAUGUGCAGUACCGGUUCGAGUACGGAGUAUUUCUGCUGAACAAGAACAUUGAGUUCCUGCUGAACAAACAAGGCCUGCGGGUGCUCGACAUCCGGCAUACGUUGCCUAACCUGAAGUACCUGCUGUAUGUGCUCACGGCCGGGACGUCGGAAAUCCCUUCGCGCAAAGCUGGGGGCAUCCGGGGUCUCCUCCCCGGACGGUUGACUCCGAGCCUGUCACGGCGGGGAAGCGAGGCUAGCAGCAUGAAUGGCGAGGUGGUGUUGGCUCGCAAGGUGCUGGGACCGGCAUCGAAAGCGAACGGGGAGAUGGCGCCCGAUAAAGGCAAGCGAGCCAUGUCUAGCUUUGCCGACGCGGCGUCGUCGGUGGCCUGAACGCCAGUUUCCCCGGAUAUGAUUGAGCUAUGAUUGAGCGUUGUGAUUUGCUGACGCAUGACAGGAUCAUGUUGUGAAUCUGCGUUUGUGUGAUUUGGUUUCCCCCCCGUGUAAAGCAUUGUAGGCCAUGUUUGGAGUAGAGCGUGUGUUGGUGUUCUAUUUCUCCCAUUCUCUUUUUCUCUUGCCUGUGUGUGUCUGGCCGCACCGUCGAGUGGAGUCCUAGGCCUACUAGCUUCUAUCUCCUUCUUCCUCCUCUCGCCCGCUUAUCGGGCUAAUUUCCUGGUACUCCGACGGAGGCUCGGGUUGUCCGUGUACAUGGCUUUCUCGAACCCACCGCGAAUCGAGUUCUGCUUGGCUGUAGGCAGACACCGCGCGUGUUAGCGGAACGAGCAGAACCCACUGACCGCGGGAAACAUGCUUCAAUUUGAAUGCUAGGCGAGUAGAUGG